AACAUAAACAAUAAUUUUUUGAUGAAAUCAAAACAUGUGUACAGCUGAAAUAACUUAUUUAGUUACAAUUCAUUUUAUAAAGAGUUAAAAUCGCUCGUUUUAAAAUUAAUUAUUAUUAAAUAAUGGUACAAAAGGAGGAAAUAAAAAUUAUAAUUGUUGGUGCUGGUGCCUCAGGAAUUGCAGCCGGUACUAAACUUUUAGAAAAUGGUUUCAAUAACAUAACGAUUUUAGAAGCAGAGAAUAGGAUUGGAGGUAGAAUAAAUUCUGUUGAAUUUGGAGGAAGUGUAGUGGACAUUGGAGGACAAUGGGUGCACGGAGAAAAGAAUAAUAUAAUAUAUGAAAUGGUAAAAGAUUUAGACUUGAUCGCUCCAUCUUCGUUACCACCAGACCCUGGAAUGUCUUUUUUUCUACCAAACGGUACUUCGCCCGAUAAAACAAUUACUGACAAAUUAUUUGCUACAGCAAUUAAGGUAAAGGACGAUAAAGAAACCGCCUCCAGAUACAGAGGAAACUUUGCUGAAUACUUUACAACAGAAUAUAAGAAGCGAGUGAAAGAAGAUUUCUUCCCAGCAGAUGAAGAUAUUUUGCAAUUGUCCGAUUUAGUGCUAGACUGGUUCAAAAAAUUCAUGAUCCUCCUAAACCCAGCUGAAUCCUGGAACCAACUGUCAACCACGAGUCAUUACGUUUUUCAGCCAUGCGAAGGCGAUCCUCUGUUGGGAUGGAAAGGCAAAGGUUACAAAACAAUCAUUGAUGUCAUGAAAAAAAAAAUUCCCGACCCUUCCAAAGAGCUACCAAUCGAUAAUAAGAUUAUUGUUAAUAAGGAAGUUAAUAGGAUCAUUUGGAAUAGAAGUACCGAUGAUAAAGUUAUUGUUAAGUGUUCUGAUGGUUCUAAAUAUUCUGCUGAUCAUGUUAUUGUGACGGUAUCUGUGGGGGUGUUAAAAGACGUAUAUAAAAAAGUAUUUGAACCAGCAUUGCCCAAUAAAAAGGUCAACGCUAUUGAAAAUGUACCACUAGGCACUGUUAAUAAGAUUCUUUUGAAAUUCCCUUACAAAUGGUGGCCAAGUACCGUAAAAGAUAUAAGUUUUCUGUGGUCAGAAGAGGACAAAGAAAGCUUACGAGAAUUUUCGUCUGGACCUGUAGUUAAUGGAAGAUCAUGGUUAGAGAAUCUCUUUAGCUUCAUUGCUAUAGAUAGCCAUCCAAACGUAUUGCUUGGAUGGGUCAAUGGGCCUACGUCAAAAUUAGUAGAGUUACUGCCCGACGAAUCUGUUAUUAGCGGUGCUAUGUAUAUGUUAAGAAAGUUUGCAGGAAAACAAUUUGAUAUUCCAGAACCUAAUGGAAUUUUAAGAUCCAAAUGGGGCAGUAAUCCACAUUUUCGAGGAUCCUAUACUUACGUGAGUGCCAAUAUGGAAAAUGCAAAAGCGAGCGCCAAUGAUCUUGCCGAACCAUUAAUAGCUCAUAGUAAACCAGCGGUUUUAUUUGCUGGAGAAUCAACUCAUGCUACUUUAUUUUCAACUGUCAGUGGUGCUAUGGAGACAGGAUACAGAGAAGCUCAGAGAAUCAUUGAUUUUUAUAGAAAAAAUGCAUAAAUUGAAAUAUUUUAUUUUUAAUUAAAUAUUAAUGAAAUCGAUUACAUUUGUCUCUGAAAUUGUGAAAAAUAAAACGAAAUAUACAAGGAU